UCGCGGGGUCAGAGGCUGGGAUGGACGUGGGACUGAACCAGACAGCAGCAGCGACCAGGUGUGAGGUGACGACGGCAGGCGGGGAGGCGACCCAGGCCAGGAGAGCACUGCUGGAGCGAGACACCCACGCCAGGGUUACCCAGCUCAAGCUUAGCACCCUAGAGAGGUCACUACAAGACCGACAGCACGAGGUGACAAGCCUGGAGGAGAGACUACAAGACUCUCACACGGAGACUCACCGCCUGGAGACUGAGACCGCCCAUCUACGUGCCCAGGUCGCCAUGCUCUCCACCCAGCUCUCUCAUGCCCACGCCCACAAGAAUACCAACGCUCACCAACACCCUGACGAUAACAGGGUGGAGGAGCUUGAGGACAGUGUCGAGGCUUAAGGGCGAGUUGGCUGCCAUGGAGGAACAGCUCAAACAGGCCUGUGACCGUGAGACAAGAACGACCCAAGAACUGCAACUUGAAAUCACCACACUUACCAGGACUCGUGACGACGCCCUCAGAAAGGUGAUGAGUUUAGAUGCGUCAUUAGGAGAGUCUCAAGAAACCGUGGAAGCUACCAAGGUGCUGGAGAGGCUGUGGGAGGCUCAGUUAGCCACCGUGGAGGAGGAGAUGGCAGGCUCCUGUAGACUAACCAACUCAAAGAUUGUAAUGGUGCCCUCCACGACCAGCUGUCUGGGAGAGAGAGGAGAUAGACGCGCUCAGGGGCCAGGUGAGAUCGAGAGAAUUACAGGUAGAGGAGGUGCAGCAAGCCAGAAACCUACUUGCCAACGAUGCUCAGGUGGUGGUGGCAUCAAGCAGUGGUUACACGAGCAGAAGUCGGCCAAUAGCAAGCUAGCAAGCAAACUACACCAGCAGAACAAGCAGAUUCUCCUCCUCAACACAGAGAAGCAGUACGUGUCUCAGUAUGAGUAAUAUAAAGUGGUAUGG